CCGGCAGCAUCAUGAGGACACUGCAUCUUGCCAGUAUAGUAUUGCUAUGUCUGGCGCUAACGACAGACGCACAGUGGUUUGGUAGCAGCAAAAAGAAACAGGAAGAGGAUCCCAAUGUCUCACUCCUUUCCUAUGCACCAGUCGAUCCGAGCGUGACUCCACCCUCGACGAUCGCUACCCCUACUAGUACCACACCAAUCCCUUCGACCACAACGAAAAAAGGAUUCUUCGGCAAACUGUUUGGUGGUGGUUCGAAGAAGGAAGAAAAAUCUACCACAACUACUACCACUACAACCACAACAACCACCACAACUGUAGCGACACCAACCACCAAAAAGCAAGGCUUCUUCAGCGGUCUGUUCGGUGGCAAGAAGGACAAAACAUCCACAACUACCAUAGCCCCAUCAACAACGGCCAAAUCGGGCACGACCGUAAAAUCGGGCACUGUCACAACGGCAAAGUCAUCUGCCGUAACUCCUACCGCCGUUACUACCGCCAAGACACCUGUCUCUGUGGCCGGUGUUACCUCGACUACGGCGAAAUCUGUGUCCACACUGUCGACUGGUGGUGCUUCCUCAACAACCACGACAACGACGCCCAAAUCGAAGGAUGCUUUCCCAGCCCUUCCUACGUCACGCAGCGGCAGUCCAACGCCAUCACCAGUACCGACGUCGACCGUUGCCAAUGCGUGGACCCGUACGCCACCAACCGUACAGCCGGGUGGUAAGCCUGGAGUUAGCUUUGUCCCGACCACUCCCGGAACGCCCGGUGCCCAAAAGGUGAGCAGCACAACGGCCGCUUCAACCGGUACAGUUGGUGAUGGUCCCGCAACCGACGAGGAGCUGAUGGCGCUGUCUGAGUUACUGUUCACUAAAGAUAACAACAGUCCCAGCAAGUUCGUUACGAUCAACUAUCAGAAACAGACGUCGUCCUUCGUUAACACAGAUGAGGCACCGAAUCCAUUCCUGACCGUGGAUGAGGCAAAGAUCUACGCCAUUCCGACGAUCGAAAAGAUGCACGCGCUGUUCAACAACUACGAGCUGGAUACGAUGACCAACGAGUACGUGACACCGUUGGAAAAGAAGGAAGAGAAUGACUUUGUCGAUGCACUGCUCGCCACAAACGUGAUGCGCCAGGCGAUGUUGUUCCUGCAGAAGAAGGGCAUCGUGACGGCUGACCCCAAGACGCAUCACGAGCUGCUGAAGACGAUCUGGUUCACGCUGUACUCGCGCGGUAACGGAAAGAUUGGCAGUUCCGGGUUUGAGCACGUGUUUCUGAACGAAGUCAGCAAUGGAACGAUGAUCGGCUUGCACAACUGGCUGUACGUGUACGAUAUGGAGAAGGCUGGACGUAUCGACUACAAGGGCUGGAACAAAAAGAUGGAACUGGGAACGAAAGGAGAAAUUGCCAAGGUUCGUCUAACGUUCGACAACCUGCAGAAACCGUCCAACUCGCUGUUUGUCGGUACUUCACCGGAGUUAGAAAUUGCGCUCUACACCGUGUGCUUCCAGCUGCGACCGGACAAAGAGUGCCCGCUGGCAAUUAAUGGCAAACCGUUUACGAUCAAAACGUUCACGUUCCGGUACCGGGGAAAAAAUUUGAUCGGUGGUGCAUGGCCAAAUAUUUAA